AUGUUGGAUUCACAAACAUCCGACAGAGAGGACGGCAAGUUCACCGUCACCGAAGAACAUGACUUACAAAUAUUGAGAAACGAGUCUCCAGAGGCUGGACUGAGAGAUCAGCCUCAGGCCCUGAAGGUGAACAUCAUUGCCCCGACAUGUGUAACGGGGUACAAGCUCCUUUUUGCUAUGGCCGCCUUGAAUCUCAGCGCCAUCCUGAUCAACCUCGACAGCUCCAUUCUCUCUACGGCAACUCCCACCAUUACCGACGAGUUCCAUUCCGUGAAGGACAUUGGCUGGUAUCUUAGCUCGGCCCUCCAACCACUGACGGGAAAGCUCUUCACCUACUUUAGUAACAAGAUGAAGUGGACGUACAUUAUCUUCCUCGUCCUGUUCGAGGUCGGCUCCCUAAUCUGUGGACUGGCGACGUCGUCGCCCAUGUUCAUUGCCGGUCGAGCGAUUGCCGGCGCCGGCGGAGCCGGCCUCUUCAACGGAUCGAUGAUCAUCGUCUACGCAAUGGUCGAAGCACAGAAACGUCCCGUCAUGAUGGGGAUCAUGAUCGGCAUCUCCCAGAUCGGGCUGAUAGCAGGCCCGCUCAUCGGAGGGGCGUUGACGCAGUACAGCACCUGGCGCUGGUGUUUCUUCAUCAAUUUGCCCAUCGGCGGCAUUGCUUGCAUCCUUCUAGCGCUGGUGUACAUCCCAGAGCAGAUGCCGAAGCCCAAGGUCGCCGCAGUGCUCACGGAUCGUAACAUCUUGCAAAAGUUCGACGUCGUCGGCUCGGCCAUCCUCAUCGGCAGCGUCGUCCAGCUUCUUCUUGCGUUGCACUAUGGUGGUGGCGAAUAUCCCUGGAACAGCGCCACCGUCAUCGGACUCUUGUCCGGGUUCGCCGCGGCGACGAUACUCUUUGUUGUAUGGGAGUACCGAGCCGGAGAGAACGCCACGAUACCGCUCAAGAUGCUCACGAACAGAGUCGUGGCCUCCGCGUCGAUGGUGAACAUUUUCCUCUUUGGAGUUACAUACAUCGCGACAUAUUUCAUCCCCAUCUUCUUCCAAAGUAUUCUUGGAGACAGCCCGAUGGAGAGCGGCAUUCACAUGCUGCCGAGUAUGUUUAGCUCCAUCUUUUUUACCGUGAUCUCGGGCAUGAUGGUUACGAGGCUCGGAUAUUAUUUGCCAUUCGCUGUGUUUGCUGCCAUCCUUCUCACCGUAGGCUCUGGUUUAAUGUCAACUUGGUCUCCCACAACAAGGGCGGGGGAGUGGAUUGGCUACCAGAUACUCUAUGGAUCUGGACGAGGUUUGGGGAUGCAAAUGUCAAUUGUUGCUAUUCAAACCGCCAUCCCGCCGACACAGGUUGCAGUUGCGUUGACGGUUCUUGUUUUCUUCCAGGGACUGGCCGUCGCCGUACUCAUCAGCAUCGGAAACACUGUCUUUGACAGUACCGUUGUGGGCCAGAUCGCGGCCCUUGCCCCUGACGUCAACCCCAGGGCCAUUAUUGCCGCCGGCGCUACGGCAUACAGGAGUAAGGUGUCUGCGGAGGACCUACCGAACGUCGUGAAAGCCUGGGCUACUGGCUUCCAACGGACCAUGUACAUCGCAACGGGACUGUCGGCGGGAAUGUUUCUGUUCUCGUGGGGCUUAGGUUUCCAUAGCGUGAAGAAGAAGGAAGACUCUACGGCGGCUCAGGGGUCCAACGGGGCUGACAAGACGUGA